AUUAUAAAACUAUCGAUGGAAUGGCCGAUCGGAAAGGGUCUGGGCAGUUCGGCAUCGUUCGCGGUAUGUCUCGCGGUGUGCUUUUGGCAUUGGUCUCUUUUGCAGAAAGAAACUGACCUCUACGAAUUCGGGGUAAUAAAUACAUUAAAAUCUUUUUCUAAUUUGCCAGGCAUGAAAAUCUUGUUAAUCUUCUCGAAUGUUAGCCAGAAAACGAAAAUCGAGUUGCUAAGCAAGAAGAGUAUAAAUUGUGGUGAUAAAAUAUUGGACGGAGGGAAUAUACAAGUGAAUCAAGGACUACUAAAAACAUUAGGCAUGUCGCAUCCAAACUCGGACAUUAUUUGUGCAAUUGAUCAAAAUUUUUUAUUCGAUGAGAAGAUUACUAGUGAAGAUGAUUUCAUUUUGUUAUUGGAUAACACAGAUGAAAACAUUCAAGGUCUUACCAUGACAUUAGAGACGCAAAUUGCUCUAAGAUAG